AUGAACGUUGCUGCACAAGCUGCCAAAUUUCAAAACGAAGUUCCUGGGUGGCUUGGUUCCUUGGUUCUCAAUUUUGAUGGCGAAGUUUUAUUUUCGGCUGGAGAGUUGACUGAUGAUAUCAAUUCUGCGCCUAAAUUUGUUGAACUAGCCCGGCAUCUUGGUGUCUAUAUGACUUUAGAAGGGUCCCCAACGAAUCAAGAAAACCCUUUCAAACGUUUUACUAUAAUGUGUUCUCGACAUGCCUAUGUUUUAACGGUGGUAGGUCAGGCUGUAUUUGUUGUUAAGCGUCAACUAUCUCCGUCAGAUUCUCAAGAAGAUCUAAAGGGACUUCGUUCAUCAAAUUUACCUGUUAAUGUGUGA